AUGAAUAUUUUUUGUGGUAUGUUGUUUAUAAAUGUUAUGAAAGAGAGUAUUUUAAAAACUGUUAAUCAUAAAACUAUUGGUAUUUAUUAUAUUGUUCCAGGUUAUUGGGCUGGUUUAGGGGGUUCUGUUUUGUCUAUAAUUAUGCGUUUAGAGUUGAGUGGUCCUGGUGUUUAUUUAUUUUUUGGUACAUUAAGACGCGGAAAAUCUAUACAUGGUGUUUUAAUAAUUUCUUUUAAUGAUUAUGCCUAUUUUAAUUGGGGAGCCCCUGAAAUAGCUUUUCCACGUCUUAAUGCUUUGUCUUUUUGGCUUACUUUUGUUGCUUUGUUAAUGGAUGGUUUAUCAGUCUUUCUUAUUGGUAGUGGAACAAGGAGGGUUGAAGGUCAAUCGGGUAUGAGAAUGGAUUGUAUAAUUUUGGGGCUACACACUGUUGGUAUUGGUUCUUUGUUGGGAGCUAUUAAUUUUAUGUUUACUACACAAAAUAUACGUUUGACUGCUGUUACUUUAGAUCAAAUGAGUAUAUUUCUGGUUCUUUAUUGUUUUUAUUAUUUGGUCGUAAUUUCAAUUCUUCUUUUUAUGAUACUAAAAGGGAUUAGACCUUUAUUAUUUCAGCAUUUAGAGGCAGUUUUAUUUUUAACUGAUAAGGAACGUUUAUUUGAUCAAGUUAGUACUUCUGUGUGGGGUCAUCAUAUGUAUCCUGUGGGUUUUAUCAUUUUGUUUACUUUAGGUGACUUGAGGAGCAUUGUUCUAAGAGCGGCUAGUUUAGAUAUUGUAUUACAUGAUACUUAUUAUGUUCUAGCUCAUUUUCAUUAUACUUUAAGUUUAGGGGCAGUAUUCGGAAUUUUUAGUGGUAGCUUUAUGAUGGCUGUUUUUGGUAAACCUCGUAAGAUUUAA